UACGGGACCGGGCCACUCCCACUGCUGCCCGAGAUUCCUGGAAUAUGGGGGGCCCAUCCCUUUAGCAUCUUCCAGUGCCCCUAGCCAGUUCCCUCUUUCUCUUCCUGACCUUCAGUCGAUUCAGGGAGUGAGUUACAGGGGGUGGGAAUAAAGGCUGAGAUCCCAGCAGUCCCGGGCACUGAGAGACAGCGGUGAGCAUGAGUGACUUCCAGGAUGUGGACGCGCAGCAGCUGGGUGCCCUGGACGAGGAAGAGCUGACAGCCAGCGGCGCCAAGUAUUCCUUUCAACGCUUUGGAUUCCGACCCCCGGGCGGCCUCAAGAGCACUGCAGGGUUUCUGGGCCGUGGCCACAUCCCCCUGGUGCCGAAGCUGCUGUGCCUCAUGCUCCUGGCCGGGAUCCUGAUGGCCGUCCUUGUCAAAGUCUCCAAGCUCUCCCACUUCUAUGAGCAGAAGAGAUCGAAGCAGGAGGACAUCUACCAAGAGCUAACCCAGGCGGAGGCUGAACUGGACCGCCUGUGCCGCCCCUGCCCCUGGGACUGGACGUUCUUCCGAGGACACUGUUACUUCUUUUCCAAGUCCCAGCGGAACUGGAAUGACUCUGUCACCGCCUGCCAGGAAGUGGGAGCCCAACUAGUCAUCAUCAAAAGUGCUGAGGAGCAGAACUUCUUGCAGUUGACUUCUAAGAAUAAAGGCAGCACUUGGAUGGGACUGUCAGACCUGAACGAGGAAGGCACGUGGCUCUGGGUGGAUGGGUCGCCUCUGUUUUUCAGGCCUGAAGGGAAGCGGGGAGAGCGUCCAAUGUCCCGGAGCAGGAACGGGGCUCCUCGAGUGGGGCUGGGGCGGAGGUCACGCUCGUCUGGCUUGCAGAUUCAUGAAGUUUUGGAACGAAGGGGAGCCCAACAAUCACGGGGAGGAAGACUGCGUGGAGUUCAGAGGGGAUGGCUGGAAUGACAGCAGAUGUGACCUUGAGAAAUCCUGGAUCUGCAAGAAGUCUGCAGGCUCCUGUUCCCACAAGUGAAGGCGGGUCUCUCCCCAGGCUCCACCACGGCCCCGUCCACCCUCCUGAUCCCGCGAGUUCCUCCGCAGGCCUGUGGGCAUCGAGAGCUGAGCAAGACUCUGAGGCUCUUCUGUCACAUUCCUCCUCUCCCAGGGGACUGACUGUACAUGGUGCUGCUUCCUCCUUUGCCUCUGGGUUCCCCUUGGCUUUGAGGUUGUGGUUGAGAAUCUAUUUUCUGUUCUAACGUAGCAGCUGCUGGCUGCUCAAGAGCGAAUAUCCUGGAGAUGAGGGUUGAUAGGAAGGAAUCAGGUUUACUCCUCAUCUGGCACCUUGGAAGAGGGAGGGGGCCACUGUCCUCAAAGCACUAACCUGGGGAGCACAAGAGCUUUUAUAGGAGGGAAAAGAGGGACCUUGAGACGGCGGGCAGGAAGGGUGCAUGCUGAACGGAGUUUCCAUCACCUGGCGGUCGGGGGUGGGGGGUCUCCAUUUUCUCCUCUGGCUGGACAUGGCAAUAAACCUCAACCUCUCGGGGUGUUUCUUUUAUUGA